CUGCGCGUUUUUUUUUUUUUGUUUUGUUUUGUUUUUUUGUUAUUGUGUGUGUGACAUCUGCAGAUAUCUCACGUAAAUUUUGCUGCUUAUUUUCUCAAAUGAUGUUUUUUUGUUUUGUUUAAAAAAAACUAAUCUUGAUUUCCAUUCCAAAAAAACAUUUAUUCGAUUCUGUAUGAAUAAGCGAUUGUCCAUUUUUUUUCCUACGCUCUCCUCCUCACUCAUUCAUUCAAAUUCGAAUGCUUGGUGUGUCUCUGUGUGUGUGUCUGUGUGUGUUUGUUGUAUAUGGAUGUCUUGAAUGGGGUUGGUGAUUAUGAAUUUGCUGCUUUUUUUUCCUAUCCUUUCCUCUUUGUUUGUUUGUUUGUUUGAUAUAUGAAUAUAUCUAUCAAAUCAUAAUAUUCACACAUACAUAUACAUCAUCGCUCACAUCAUCGUACAAAAUGACAACAAAUAUGACGACUAUGACAACGACGACAACAAUAAUCAAAUCCAUUUGAAUUAUAAGAAUCUCUUUAAAAAUAAAUACUCGAAACAGCUCUUUUCUCAUUCUCAUUCAAUUAUUAUUCUUUCAUAAAUUUUCUUUUUCUUUUUUUUGAUUCAUUGAUUCAUUCACAUAUACAACAAACUAAGUAAUAUACUACUACGACAACGUCUACGACGACAUUUAUAUUGGAAAUAAUCUUUGAAAAUAGAAAUUCUUUACACACACACACACACCCACUCACACACUCAGGUUAUUUGAAACUCAAUCAUUAAUUUUUCAAUCAAACACACACACACACACACACAGAGAGAGAGAGAGACAAUCGAACGAAAAAAAAAAAAUAAAAAUCCUAAAUUCUUUGGAUCUCAUUACAUUUUCAACUACUACUACUACUACUAUUCUUCUUACACAUUCUUAUUUUCAUUUUCAAUCACAAUGUCUCAACAACAUUUAUUAAUGAAAAAUCCAUCAUCAAUAUUUAGAUCGGCUACGAAUGGUGGCCAAAACAAUAGCACCACCAAUGGCGAUAUGAACACAUCGAUCAAUGGUAAUCAUAAUUCUGCAAAGAAUGGUGCAUACAACAAUAGUAACAAAGAUCAUCAUAAUAAUCAUGAUAAUAAUAAUGAUCGAUCAUUGAUUAAUCGUAAGCUACCAAAAGAAUUAUUGUUACGUAUAUUCUCCUAUUUGGAUGUUGUCACAUUAUGUCGUUGUGCUCAGGUAUCAAAGAGUUGGAAUGUACUUGCUUUGGAUGGUAGCAAUUGGCAAAGUGUUGAUCUUUUUGAUUUUCAAACCGAAAUCGAAGGUCGUGUUGUAGAGAAUCUAUCAAAACGUUGUGGUGGUUUUUUACAUCGUCUAAGUCUUCGUGGCUGUAAAUGUAUUACAGAUGUGGCAUUGAAAACAUUUGCUCAAAAUUGUAACAAUAUUGAAGCUUUGAAUUUGUUUGAUUGUAAACAAAUAACUGAUGCAACAUGUGUACAGCUUAGUCAUUAUUGUCAUGAAUUACUUCGUCUCAAUCUAGGAUCGUGUAUAGAGAUCACUGAUUUAUCAUUAAUAGCCUUAAGUGUUGGAUGUGUAAAUCUGGAACAUCUGAAUAUAUCGUAUUGUGACAAAAUCACUAAAAAUGGUAUUGAAAAAUUGGCAAUGGGUUGCCAUAAUCUCAGUGCCUUUAUUAGUAAAAUGUGUACCAAUGUUAAUGAUGAGGCAAUCGGUUAUUUGGCACAGAAUUGUAAAUUACUACGUACUGUCAAUCUACAUGGCUGCCAUCAGAUUACUGAUGAUGCAUUACAAAAUUUGGCUUCAAAUUGUCCAAAUCUUCGUUAUCUAUGUGUUUCUAAUUGUACAAAUUUGACUGAUCAAUCAUUGAUAUCGUUGGGUCAACAAUGUCAUCAAUUGGUUACAUUGGAAGUGUCCGGUUGUAAUCAAUUAACCGAUAAUGGUUUUCAACGUUUAGCAAGAAAUUGUCAUUCGUUGGAAAAAUUAGAUCUUGAAGAAUGUAUUCUCAUUACCGAUAAUACACUUUCACAUUUGGCAAAUGGAUGCCCUUUACUGCAAAAUUUGAGUCUUUCACAUUGUGAAUUAAUCACUGAUGAAGGAAUUCGACAUAUUGGUACCAGUUCCGGUUCAUCCGAACAUUUACAAGUGCUCGAAUUGGAUAAUUGUCCAUUGAUCACUGAUAGUUCAUUGGAUCAUCUAAUAUCUUGCUAUAAUUUAAGACGUAUUGAGCUUUACGAUUGUCAAUUGAUAACCAAAUCAGGAAUUCGUCGUCUGCGAUAUCAUUUACCUAAUUUGAAAGUACAUGCUUACUUUGCACCGGCCACACCACCACCAUCGAUUACACCACGAACAAGAUAUUGUCGUUGUUGUAUAAUCUUAUGAUCAUUAUGAUUUUGAUGGCAAUUGAAUCACAUCAUAUGUGUUGGCCUUUUCAUAUAUUUUGUCUUUUGAUCUUGUUUUUUUUUUUCUCCAGAUUUUUUUUUUCAUUUUUCCUUGAUAUAUCAUCGUCAUCAAAUACGUUAACUAUGCGAAAGUCUAUAUGCUAUAGGUUUGCAUUUUUCAUGAUAAUCUUUGACUUUUUAGGAUUUUAUUUGCAGAAUAAUAUCACCACACCAUUCAUUUAUUCAUUCAAACAAUCAAACGCAAAAAUGCAUGCCUGCAUUUUUUAUUAUAUUAUUAUAAAUAUACAACGAUUAUAUAUGAAUAUAUUUAUAGUGAGAUUCAUGAUUUAAUAUAUUUAUAAGAAUCAACAAAUAUUCGUAAAAAUCCUCUCAUCAUCCAUCCAUCCAUCCAUCAUUUAUUCAAAUCAAUGGAAAAAAAUGAUUAUUUGUCAUCCAUUUUUAUUUUAUUUUUUAAAUACAAGUCCCUUAUAUAAGCC